AUGGCGGAAAAAGUAUCAAUCACUUUCGAUGAAAAUAAUCAAAUCAGGGUUUUGGAAUCAAGCCUUUACAAUGAUAGUUUGGGACUUCAGACUGCUUCCUACGAGUUUAUUAAUGACAUGAAACGUUUUCAAGAAACAGUGGGAUCUCUUGUAGAGGUUCUAGAUGAACAAGCUGGAAAAAUAGAAAACGAGAAGCUGAGAUCAGUUGGCUUAAGAAACCAAGUUGACAAUGAAGCAGAAGCACGCAAAAAGAAGCAGCAAGAGCUUGUAUUUUUAAUCAAUGAAAAAAUAGCUGAACUUGAACGCUAUACAUACCAGUAUGAAAGCUUGCUGAAGGUAGAAGAAGAACAGAAGCAAUUGAUAGAAAGAUUGAACAAUAAUGAGGCUUAA